CAUUAUUUACAAAGGAUGGAAUCCGUAACUAAAUCUUCAGCUCCGCAAAUGCAGAAGAUGGGACGAGGCGCUAUGUCGUUGUUGUUGUUGCUGCUGGUGGCUUCGGGGGCCGCGGGGCAGCUUUGCGAGAAUCACAUCGACCAGUACAAAACCGGCCUGAAGAGCGGCGAGACCUGGGCGCUGCAGAUGUACGACUCGUCGACGAAGCUACCCGACGGUGCUUUGACAGGCUUGGUGUCGCCUCCGGGCAACUUUGACGAGUGCCUCGGCGUCAGGGCGCCAGAAUUCAUCGGCAAGUACUGCAGGAUUAAAGUCAACUUUGCGCAGGGCCCAAUUCUGCCCCCUCUUCCAACCUUCGAGGUGGCCGCAUGUGGGCCUUCAACAUGCAGCGACGAGGAAAUUGCUCAAGUGGCAGAGUUCAAUUUGGGCACUGUUAAUCUGUCCGUUUCCAGCGCCGCCACCUACACCCACUCAUGCGAGUACGAAGGCCUCCGUUCGCUGGACACCGGUUUCUGGGUGGCCAUAGGGGUCAUUUCCUGUCUGACUUUGUUGGUCGUCGUAUGCGGACUGUGUGACUGGCUGUUGGAAAAGCGUGAAAAAAAGCCGCCAAAAGUGGUGGAAACUUUGGUGUCUGCCUUCUCCCUGCAGAGGAACCUGAAGCAAGUUUUCCGCAUUUCGAGGAAGAAGGUGCCGGGCCAGAUUUCAUCCAUCCACGGAAUCAGAGUGCUCAGCACAGCAUGGGUUGUCCUUGGUCACCGCUACGAAAUUUUUGCAAUGGCCAUGCCAUUCAUGAAUUCUUUCCAAAUCUAUACGCUUCCGCAAGAGUUCAGUUCGAUGCCGAUCAUAAACGCGCUGUUCUCCGUAGACACAUUUUUUGUUCUCAGCGGAUUUCUGGUCACCUACAUUUGCUGCACUGACGCCGUCAAGGGCAGAAAGUUCAAUAUCAUCCAAUACUACGUAUACAGAUAUUUGAGAUUGACAGCACCAGUUGCGUUUAUGAUUCUGUUCAUUGCUUUUAUCAUGUACCACCUCGGCAACGGUCCUCAGUGGAACGUGCUUUUCUGGAGCCAGUCUCAAACGUGCAAGGAUAGAUGGUGGACGACCCUGCUUUACAUAAACAACGUUGUAGACUAUCCGUCUAUGAGCACUUGUCUGCCUCAAUCGUGGUACCUGUCGGUAGACAUGCAGCUGUCUUGGGCGGCGCCAAUCGUGCUGAUUCCCCUCUUGCGGUGGCCGAAGUACGCCGUGCCCGCCAUGGGGAUGCUAAUUCUGCUCAGCACCGCACUCAACUUCGGUCUGACCUACGCCUACGAUUUUUUCUGGACCUACCCCAUCUACAACAUCCCGAAUCCUACGAGCCAGACGGACUACUGGUUCUGGUGCUACUUGAUGCCGUGGAUGCGAGCGCAGCCCUAUCUGGUCGGCAUGCUGCUGGGCUGGUACAUGAGCACCCCACGCAAACCGAUGGGCCGCCUGUGGGCCACGGCCGUGUGGCUCCUAAGCACGGCGGCCACCCUCGCGGUGCUUUUCACCAUCUCGCUCGCCUACAGACCCGACCACCCGUACAACGAGACCGAGGCCGCUUUCUACAAUUCGCUGCACAGACUCGUGUGGGGCUUGUCGGUCGCCUGGGUCAUUUACGCCUGCUCCAACGGACUAGGAGGGCCGGUGGACGCGAUCCUCUCCUGGCGCUACUGGCAGCCUCUCAGCAAGCUGUCGUACUGCGUCUUUCUCACGCACAUGUUCCUCAUCUUCUACGAGGUCGGUGUGCAGAGGACGCCCAGCUACUUCACGCAGCCCUUCAUGGUGCACGGCCUCCUGGCCGACUUGCUGGCCGUCAUUCCCCUCUCGCUCCUCCUCUACCUCUUGACGGAGGCGCCGGCCAUGGCUCUCACUCGAAAACUCUUCGGCAAAGACAAAAAGCAGGCGGCAGUCGGCGGCGACAUGACGAAGCAGGGCGGCGCGUGAGCGCAGCUCAUUAAAGUGGCACGCAUCGCUUGCUGUUUGAGUUGGAUAUCACGCGCCGCGCUUGCGAGUUUCAUCUUGAUUCAAAUUCCAGGUGCCUGCGAAUGUGCGCCGACUUUAAAUUAGCACCCUCCGAAUUUUGUGUGUAAAUAAUUAAAUCCGAGCACGGAUUCCAAUUAAUUAACCAGCGGCAAUAAAUUAUUUUGCUAAUUAAAAAAGGCGUGUAGUCUUAUUUCGAUAUUCUUCUCCGCGUUAAAAGGCGGCUUGUUUCUGUGCUGUUGCGAGCGUAAUCACGUUAAGGUCGCACGCCCACCUUUUGCCACUUGCACGCGCCUAAUUAAUCUGCAUGAUUAACCUUUUAGUCCAUAUCUGACUCUAAUUGUGCGCUCUCGUCGUCCACACAACUCACAAUUCACGUCCGCCGACCGAAUCCGGUUAGUGUGAUUCAAUUUUAUGCGCUUUAAUUCUGCAAUCUGAUACGCGCUCUAGUCCGGUUGAUUAUCAAGCAUAAUAAUUGGCUUCCAGAGUAACGCUGCACGUAAAUUCAGUUAUGCAACCAGUUCAACGGAUUUGCCGCGCCGGUUGCAUACACUACCCCUGUGAAUGGCUUUUACCGGCUUUUAUUAUUCGUAUGGCGUUGAAUAAUUAUAUGAUUAAUUAAUUCGAAAUCGGAUCAAAGGUCUUUUUGUGCGAGUAUAAUUCAAAACUCUUGGUACAUAUAUUAGGUUUGCAGUAAAUUUU